AUGGCAAUACUCCGGUCCUUGGCUUCAUCCUGCUCGCCAUACGCAAGUCUCAGUACUGGUCCUAUUGGCGAUUAUCUCCGCAGCAGCCUCGUCUGGAGUGCUCCCAUCAUCUCCUCGCUCUUUUCUCUCAGUUUGGUCGGGGAGAACGCCAAGUGGCGACGACCCGAGCUUAUCUCAAAUUCGCGGGGAAAACACGUGACUGUCGAUGAUAAGGCGGCUCCCAAAGCCCGUGACCUGACCUCCAUGUCGGGCUACUUUUUGCACCACAUUAGCGCCCACGCCAAUCUGCUUAUCGGGGCGUGGACCUACCUCUUUGGGAUUAGUGUGCUAUGUGGCACUGCGGCACUGGAGCGCACACCGAAUCGAUGA